AUAUCAUAGCAUAUAUAUCCCAUCACCAAAACUCCUCACCAUAACCAAACAUAGAGAGCGGGUGAGAAAAAUACCGAUCUCUUCCUCUCCACCCCAUCUCCGACCGAUCCACUUCCCAAAUUUCCUUCAUCCUUCAUUCUUUUGUUUCCUCGAGGUAAGAAGGAAAAAAAGAAAAGAAAUCCGUCUCGGUCAUUGUAGUCGGGAGUUCUUCAGGUACUAGCCAGAGAAGAGGGGUUAUCUUGUUUGGGAGAGUGGUUGCAGUUGGGGAUCUGAGUUCUAGAAUUAAUGCAGAAGAUGGGGACGGACGACGGGAGGGGCGGCGACCACCAGUCAGACGUCGUCGAGACCGAGAGCAUCGGCAGCGAUCGGGUCCCUUACAGCGGUCCCCUCAGCGGGCCACUCAACAAGCGCGGCGGCCGGAGGAGCGCCCGCUUCAACCUUGCGGACUCCGCCGGCGGCGACGACGAGCAGUACGUGGAGAUCACGCUGGAUGUCCGCGACGACUCGGUGGCCGUGCACAGCGUGAAGCCGGCGGCGGGCGGGGACGCGGAGGACCCGGAGGUGACGCUGCUCGCACGGACGCUGGAGAAGCGGUCCGGCUCCAUUGGGUCGUCGGUGAUCCGGAGCGCGUCGUCCCGGAUCCGGCAGGUGUCUCAGGAGCUGAAGCGGCUGGCGUCGUUCACCAAGCGGCCCGGCCCGGGCCGGCUCGACCGCUCCAAGUCGGCCGCCACGCACGCUCUCAAAGGCCUCAAGUUCAUCAGCAAGACCGACGGCGCCGCCGGCUGGCUGGCCGUCGAGAAGCGCUUCGACGAGCUCGCCGUCGACGGCGCCCUCCCCCGAUCCCUCUUCGGCCAGUGCAUAGGCAUGAAAGAGUCCAAUGAGUUCGCGGGAGAGCUGUUCGACGCGCUGGCGAGGAAGAGAAAUAUAAUCGGGGAUUCCAUCACCAAAGUGGAGCUCAGGGAGUUCUGGGACCAGAUCUCGGACCAGAGCUUCGACUCCAGGCUUCAGACCUUCUUCGACAUGGUGGACAAGAACGCUGAUGGAAGGAUUACAGAAGUAGAGGUCAAAGAGAUCAUCUUGAUGAGCGCGUCAGCAAACAAGCUAUCCAAGAUCCAGGAACAGGCGGAGGAGUAUGCCCGCCUCAUUAUGGAAGAAUUGGACCCCAACAAUCUUGGCUACAUCGAGAUAUACAAUUUGGAGAUGCUCCUGCUGCAAGGACCAAGCCAGUCGAUCCGGGGCGGGACGACCAACAGCAGGAACCUGAGCCAGAUGCUGAGCCAGAAGCUGAAGCCGACGGAGGAGCCGAACCCACUCCGGCGGGGGUACCAGCGGACCAGGUACUUCCUGGAGGACAACUGGAAGCGGGUUUGGGUGCUGGCUCUGUGGCUCGCCAUCUGCGCCGGCCUCUUCGCCUGGAAGUUCAUGCAGUACCGGCAACGGGCGGUGUAUCACGUCAUGGGCUACUGCGUCUGCGUCGCCAAGGGCGGCGCCGAGACCCUCAAGUUCAACAUGGCCCUCAUCCUCCUCCCUGUCUGCCGCAACACCAUUACCUGGCUCCGCAACAAGACCAAGCUCGGCGCCGCCCUCCCGUUCGACGACAAUCUCAACUUCCACAAGGUGAUUGCGGUGGGGAUCGCCGUUGGCGUGGGACUGCACGCAAUCUCGCACUUGACCUGCGACUUCCCGCGGCUCCUGCAUGCGAGCGACGCGGCGUACGAGCCGAUGAAGCCAUUCUUCGGGGACACGAGGCCGAACAACUACUGGUGGUUCGUGAAGGGAACAGAGGGGUGGACCGGGAUCACCAUGGUGGUGCUGAUGACCAUCGCCUUCGUUCUGGCCACCCCGUGGUUCCGCCGCGGCCGGAUCGGGCUUCCCAAGCCCCUGAACCGGCUCACCGGUUUCAAUGCCUUCUGGUACUCCCACCACCUCUUCGUCAUCGUCUACAUCCUCCUAAUCAUCCACGGCAUCUUCCUUUACCUUUCCCAUCAAUGGUACAAGAAAACGACCUGGAUGUACCUGGCGAUCCCGAUGAUCGUGUACGGGACCGAGAGGCUGAUCAGAGCGUUCAGAUCGAGCGUGAGGCCGGUGAAGAUACUGAAGGUGGCGGUGUACCCCGGGAACGUGCUGUCUCUCCACGUGACCAAACCACAAGGCUUCAAAUACCGGAGCGGCCAGUAUAUAUUCGUCAACUGCGCUGCCGUGUCUCCCUUCCAAUGGCACCCGUUCUCCAUCACUUCAGCCCCCCAAGAUGACUACCUCAGCGUCCACAUACGGACGCUCGGCGACUGGACCAGACAGCUCAAAACGGUUUUCUCGAGAGUGUGCCAGCGACCGGCCGAUGGGAAAAGCGGGCUUCUGCGAGCUGACUACGAUGGCCACGCCAGCAGCCCCAUUCCAAGCUUGCCCCGGGUGCUGAUAGAUGGACCCUAUGGAGCGCCGGCCCAGGACUACAAGAACUAUGAAGUGGUGCUGCUGGUGGGGCUGGGCAUCGGCGCCACCCCGUUCAUCAGCAUCGUCAAGGACAUUGCGAACAACAUGAAGCAGUUGGAAUCGGAAGGCUUGCUGGACUCGGAGGGCGAUCGGGAUCUGGAAGGCGGCGUCGGCGGUGAUGACGGCAGCAGCAGCAGCAAGAGAGCUGGAGGCAGCAGCCAGAGGCACGGCGGAACGACGUUCAGAACCAGGAGGGCCUACUUCUACUGGGUGACGAGGGAGCAGGGGUCGUUCGAGUGGUUCCGGGGGGUGAUGAACGAGGUGGCGGAGACGGACAAGAAGGGGAUGAUCGAGCUGCACACCUACUGCACCAGCGUGUACGAGGAAGGGGACGCCCGGUCGGCCCUCAUCGCGAUGCUGCAGUCGCUGAACCACGCCAAGCACGGGGUGGACGUGGUCUCCGGCACCCGCGUGAAAUCCCACUUCGCCCGACCCCACUGGCGCAACGUCUACAAGCGCAUCGCCCUCAACCACCGCGACCAGCGCAUAGGUGUGUUCUAUUGCGGAGCACCGACGCUGACGAAGGAGCUGCGCCAGCUCGCGCAUGAUUUCUCACGGAAGACCACCACCAAGUUCGACUUCAACAAAGAGAACUUCUAAGACCCAACCCUCUAAUUGCACAAAUACAUAUAUACUAGCUAGCGUCGUAGAAGAAUAGCAGCAGGUUCGGAUCCACAACUGUAGGAUCCAAUUAGCUAAGUGCAGAGAUCACUCCCCCUCCCUUGUAGAGCUCUUGUGUAUAUAUAUAUAUUUAUAUCUGCUAGACUCUUUUAUUACUAGAGUUCAAACGUCAGGCUAGCCACUAAAUUGCGCUGUGAUGGCUUUGAAGAAAUGGCCCUGAACACGUGUUCUGGGGGUGGGGUUGAUUUAAGAGCCCGGCAUUUGGUCAGAGAAAGCUUUGGAUUCAAGGGGAGUGGUUGAGCGGCUGUUGAGCGUCGAAUACCACCAGGAGGUCCGCCACCAGUCACCACCAAACCACCCGAAGACCUACGAUAUAGGAGCUCAUCCUCCCCCGCAAUGAGCGAAGUGUGUUCCCUCAUGUUUCAUUGGUUCCUUUUCUUUCUCUCUCUCUCUCUUCCUCUAAAAUUUUUGUUAGUAGCAACUUGUGUGGUGCAUAUAUAAUAAGGUAGAUGUAUACAUCAUGUCCAUGUUAAUAAUUGUAUGCAGCUGCAAGGCUGAGCACCACUCCACUAAUGAGAUAUUAAUGACUUGUGAUAGAUGAUGUUUUGUUUUUCGA